AUGGAAACCGGGUCUGCUAAAAUUCGAAUCAGACGCGGACCCGACCAGAUCCCGGCUCUUUCAUUCAAUCAACCGAAGUUUUCUUCGACACCCAUUUGGAAUUCCAAUGGAAUUACUUUUGCUAAUCGAUCGAUUGUUGGUCAAGCUCCUCGCGCCAUUUUUGUGAACACAAAUAACAGAAUCUAUAUUGCUGAUCGAGAUAAUAAUACAAUUGUAAUGUGGGAUGAAGAGAGUGACAAUCCAACAAAGAUCAUUCACGGUAAUUUUACACAACCCACUUCUAUCUUCGUGACAUUAAAUGGUGACAUUUAUAUUGAUGAUGGUGAUUAUAAGAGUGGUCGAGUACAGAAAUGGAGUGCAGAAAUAAAUAACUUUGUCAGUGUGAUGAAUGUCAGUUCAAAAUGUUAUGGUUUGUUUGUCAAUAUUAAUGAUACUCUUUACUGUUCAAUGAGUGAUCGUCAUCAAGUAGUGAAAAGAUCAUUAAAUGAUGCUGUAAUGAAGUCAAAUAGUAUUGCUGCUGGAACAGGCACCAUGGGAUCAGCCUCGAAUCAACUGAUUAAUCCUCGUGGAAUUUUUGUCGACGUGAAUUUAGAUUUAUAUGUGGCAGAUGUUUCCAACGACCGUGUUCAGUUGUUCCAGUCAGGAAAAUCAGAUGGCACCACAGUAGCUGGAAGUAGAUCAGUAAAUCCAACAAUUAUACUUUAUCAACCAAGUGGAAUUAUAUUAGAUGCUGAGAAAUAUUUAUUCAUCGUUGAUAGUGGCAAUAAUCGCAUUGUAGGUUCAGGCUUGAAUGGUUUUCGAUGUUUAGUUGGAUGUUAUGGAAGAGGUUCACAAUCCCAUCAAUUGAAUAAUCCAUUUAGUUUUAGUUUUGAUCGUUCUGGAAACAUGUUUGUUACUGAUUUCGGAAAUGCUCGAAUUCAAAAAUUUUUAUUGAUGAAAGAUUCUUUUGGUAAGUUGAAGAAAAGUUGA